AUGGAAAAUCGAAACAAUCUCUCAACACCGUUGAGUGUUUCAUCGUUACUCAGUGAUAAGUCGUCAAGUAUUACAACUGGUGAUUGUUCCUAUUAUGGUCGAAUUAAUUCAACUGGUUUUGGAAUUAUUCGUUCAUAUGAAGGAAUUCCGGAAAAUAUUGUCGUCAAUUUAAUUGUGACUGCUAUUCUUCUGCUUUUAUUCGUUUAUUUACGACGUCGUUUUUCCGAUGCGAAAACUAUUGUUGAUGGAACCGAAAUCUCGACUUUACUUUAUGGAAGAAGUAAUUCUACUCGACAUCUCACUCGUAAUGAUACAGAAUCCUGUUUCCAUCGAUGUUGUGUGUCGCAUUGGGCAUGGGUGCGAGAUUUAUUUCGAAUAACUGAUUGGGAUGUUUAUCAAAAUUGUUCACCGGAUGCUUAUUAUUAUCUAUUGUUUCAUACAUAUUUAAUUGCUUAUUUACUUUUCGUGACGAUUAUUUCACUAGCAAUUAUCUUACCUGUCAAUUUUCAAGGAAAUCAAGGUACAAGUGAACAAAAAUUUGCUCAUACAACAAUUGCGAAUUUACCACCCGAUUCACCAUUACUCUGGAUUCAUGCAUGUACAUCGAUACUGUUUGUUUUGGUUGGUAUUAUUGUUGCAUAUUUAUAUACAAAUGCAACACGAUACUAUGCCAAAGAAGAUAUGUAUGAAGAUGAAGAAUCGAAAGAAAAAGCGUCGCGAACUUUAAUGAUCCGUGGAAUAUCUCCAAAUGCGUGCGACGAAGAGAAAUUAAACACGUAUUUCCGGGAAGCUUAUCCAAGAUUAGAAAUAACACAUUUAACAUUGGCUUAUAAUGUCGCGAUGUUACAACAUGUUUAUAAACGACGUGAACUUAAUCUUCGUAUUUGGCAACAGAGCAAAAAGAUGUUAGAACAGUCAGGUGAACGUCCGGUGGUUUACAAUAACAAAUGUGGUCAAAUGUGUGGUUGCUGUGCCAAAGAAAUCGAUGCAAUUGAUUAUUAUGAGAAAUUGUAUAAGGCAUAUAAACAAAAAGUAGAAGAGGAAUAUGCGCAUGUUCGACAGAAGAAAUGCGGAUUAGCUUUUAUAACAUUCGCAUCGUCUGACCAAGCACAUAAGGUUCGAUCGGAUUUUCGUACGGGAUGUUUUUCACGCGAUCGUCGACCAGAAACAUCAGCAAGCAAAUCAUUGGAAGUACACGAAUGGAAUGUAAAAUUCGCACCAAGUCCGAAGAAUAUCAUCUGGAAAAAUAUUCCAAUGAGUGAAGCAAGUCAUUGGUUUCGUAUUAUCAUCGUUAAUACUAUCUUGAUCUUCUUCAUGAUUUUCUUAACAACUCCAUCAAUUGUAAUGAGCACACUCGAUAAAAUCACGAAUAAAUAUCGUUCGAUUGAUCCAUUGAAAAAAGUGACGAAGCAAAUCCAUUUUCCUGUUGUAUUAACAUCGGUUAUGCCAGUCUUAUUACUGCGUAUUUUUGCUGCGGCGAUGCCAUCACUUGUCAGCGUAACAUCAUUACUGGAAAAACAAUGGAAAAAAUCGGCAUUGGACAAAUCAAUGAUGAUUAAAUUAUUCGUUUUUCUUUCCAUGAUGAUUUUAAUUUUACCAUCGUUGGGUCUAACAAGUAUCGAAGGAUUUUUACGUUGGGUGUUUGAAGAUACAACCGAAGGAUCACGAACAAAUCGAAUUCGUUGGAUGUGUGUAUUCUUACCGGACAAUGGAGCAUUUUUUGUGAAUUAUAUCAUCACAUCAGCUUUUAUUGGCGCUGCAAUUGAUCUAUUGCGUUUGGCUGAUCUUGUCUUUUACAUCUACAUUAUUGCUACUGCGAAAUCAACUGCUGAACGACGUGUUAUUCGCCACGCACUGCAAUUUCCGUUUCGUUUCGGAGUUCAAUACGCAUGGGCAGCUGCAGUCUUCUGUGUCAUUAUUGCUUAUUCAAUAACAUGUCCACUGAUAACUCCAAUUGGAUUGAUUUACAUGUUCAUAAAACGUGCUGUAGACAAAUACAAUUUAGUAUUCGUAUACGAUACUGAAAUAGCUGAUAAAAGUGUUCAUCGAUUAGCUGGAAAUUUCAUGAUCAUUGCAUUGAUUUUACAACAGUUGACAUUAUUAUUCUUCGUUCUUGUUCGUUCUGAAACGUUGACAUAUUUAUCAAUGACUUUACUGGGAAGUUUUAUCCUCACAAGCGGAAUUUACUUCGGAUUUUCCUGUUUCGAUUGUUGUGGUCGAUGGAGUUCAAGAAAACGUUCACUUGUCGAUGCAAUGUUACCUGAGGUCAGCACAUCUUUUCUUCCCUUCACUAUUAGAUACAAAAUAUUAAAUGAAAGAAAUAGUCCCCCACCAAGCGUUCGUCAAAAACUGGAUGAUCUGGGUGAAUUAGAAGAAGCAGAAGGUCGGGAAAAUCAACAACGAGCUACAUCGAAUUACAUGCCAACAAUUUUGAAUACUUGUAUUCAAGAAUUUGAUGUUUCACCAAGUGCAACGAAUGUUCGUCGUAGUUCUACACGAGACCCGUUACAACAGGGAACAUAUGGAGCAACAAAUCAAGGCAAUCAACCGAUUGUUGCUGGAACUGGCGAUGAGAAUGAUUUAAUAACCGAUUAA